AUGCGACAAUCCCCCCACGCCACCUCCUCCGAAAAACAAAACCCCUCCGCAAUUGCCCAGCCCGUCAUCGACAUGCUCCCACGUUUACACGUCCUAGUUAUCGGCCCUGGGCUCGGGCGCGACCUUUUAAUGCACGAUACAUGCGCCAGAGUAAUCGAAGCCGCGAAAAAGAACCACAUGCCCUUCGUGCUCGAUGCCGAUGGUCUCAACCUCGCACAAACAAGACCGGAGCUAGUACAGGGUUAUAAAGAAUGCAUAUUAACGCCCAAUGUGGUGGAAUUCGCGCGUCUGUGUAAGAGUAAGGGCAUUGAACCACAGGGCGGUGCGGGAGGGAAGGAUGUCGAAACGCUGGCCAAAGCCUUUGGGGGCGUUACUAUUGUGCAGAAGGGGAAGCAGGAUCUGAUUUCUAAUGGCGUUCGUACGCUUGUGAGUGAUAUUGAGGGGGGUUUAAAGAGGAGUGGUGGACAGGGCGAUACGCUGACGGGGAGUUUGGCGACAUUUUUGGGGUGGAGAAAGGCGUAUUUGGAUAAGAUUUGGGAUCAUGAAGGGGAUUUGGGGGAAGAAGAAUUGCUGGCUCUUGCGGCUUUUGGGGGGAGCAGUUUGACUCGGGAAUGCUCAAGGUUGGCGUUUUCAAAGAAAGGGAGGUCUUUACAGGCAAGCGAUCUGACGGAAGAAGUCCACGGGGCAUUCUUGAAUAUUUUCGGUGAACCUUCUUCGAGGUUGUAG